AUGUGGCUCUGGGUUUUAUUCAUUGCAGCAGUUCUCUUAAAGGACGUGCAAACAAUCACCCACUUCUUCACUCCCGAUGAGCUGAGGUACACAUUCGGAGUGACAGAGCACGCUAAAGUGCCCAAUCAUGAAGAAGUGUUCCCGGAACUAGAUUACGAUGAGAAUGGGCAACUAAACCGGAUACGAGUUGAACUCUUCGGGAAAUGGCACAAUCUCACCCUUGAACCGGCCACGAAUCGGUUGCUAGCCGACUUUGUGACAGCUGUUUAUAAAAAUGAUCGAAAAGGUGGCCAAUUGAGCUUUAAUCAAGAAGUCAAUCAUUGUCAUUAUCGACAUAUGGGAAAUGGGACAAUGGCAGCCAUUUCAAAUUGUGGAGGACAAAUUAAAGGAACGGUUAUUGACGAGAAUGGAAUCCACGUGAUUCACCCGUUUCCCGAACGACACGCGCAUCGGAGUAAACGAGCGGUGAAUGAACUGGGCGCUCACAUUGUUUACAAACGAGAAUCGAUUGCCUCAAAACAGCAAAAUGAUUUCUGUGGACUUGACAACGUCGUCACUGAAGAUGACCUCCUCGAGGAUGAAACGGCGAUUUUUGAGGACGUUUUUGUAACCGGACAAAAAUUAGUUCAAGAAUCCGAUUUAUUGGUUGAACUAGCCGUCUUUGUCGAUGAAACUUUAUGGAGGCAUUUCUCAAGUAAAUAUGGCGGAUCGGCUAAUAACAAAUUGCAAGAUUAUGCAUUGACGUUGCUGAAUAAUAUUCAAAUCAUGUAUUAUCAACCAACAGCUUCUCCACCAUUGACUUUCAAGGUUAUUCGAUAUGAGGUUUUGUCGAGUCAACCGUCCUCCCUCGCCCCUCAUCUUCAUCAAUAUGGCCACGCUCAGCGCUAUUUGGAUCUUUUCUGUAAAUAUCAACGUGAUCGCGGCUUUCGGGAUUGGGAUCACGCAAUUCUACUCACUGGCUAUGACAUUCAUCGUGGUGCUGGCUCGAGAUCGAUCUCGGGAAUCGCUCGUUUGGACGGAAUGUGUGACCCGUGGAACACUUGUACACUUGCUGAAGGUCUUGAUUUCACGUCAGCUUUCAUCGGAACUCACGAAUUGGGGCACAGUCUUGGCAUGCGACACGAUGAGCCCUAUUGCCCAUCCAAACACAUUAUGAGCUCUUCACUCGGUCCCGGCAAAGUCACUUGGUCGACUUGUUCUCUCCGUGAUUAUCAUCAAUUUUUGCAACGACUCGAUGCAAAGGGCAAGAACUGCAUGAGGAUCUCGAAUAUGCCGGCCAAGUUGGUGAUCCCCGUUGGGAGUAAACCGGGUCAGAUCUACGAUGCGAAUCUGCAAUGUGAAUUGAUGCACGGGCCUGGAUACCAUCAGGUAACUCCUCGUGUCGAUCACUACGAUGGAAUUUGUUAUAUGAUGUGGUGUGGAUUGUCGCAAUUUGGAAGAAUCAUCACUUCUCACCCGGCACUUGAAGGAACUUUCUGUGGGCCAAGCAAAUGGUGCAAUUUGGGUCGAUGUGUGCCAUGGAAUGGACAAAAUCAGCCAACUGUGCCACAAGCAUUUGCACCAACAAUGUCUCCCGCGCCAUCGCGACAAGAUGGUAGUUGGUCAGGCUGGGGAGGAACGAACUGCAACCAAUGCUUGUGCUCGCCAUUGGCGGGAGGAAUCGGCCUUGCAAUCUCUCGCCGAACUUGCUCAAAUCCUUAUCCAGCGAAUGGUGGCUCGGAAUGUACAGGCUCAUCUCAGCGUGCUAUUAUCUGCGAUCUUGGAUGUACUACUUCAACGAAAAGCGUUGAUAGAUAUAUCGAAGAGAAAUGCUCAGAGCACAAGCGCUUGAAAAACGACAAAGAGUUGACCGGAUCGGGAAGUCAAUUGGCGAGAUAUCCACAAAGGGCUUGCAAGGUGUUCUGUGACACGAUCACUCGUGGCGGUGUCCGAAACUAUCGCUUCUUUGGUGAUAAUCUGCCAGAUGGAACGAGCUGCGGAAGUGAUCGAUAUUGUCUCGGUGGAGAGUGCUUGUCGAUGACUUGUGACAACCGAGCGCUGAUCGGAAGAGAUUUACCUUGUCCGUCGGACACUUGUCCAAUAAGACAACCACCAACUCAAGCCCCGCAGGCUGGAGCGUGGACAGUGUGGAGUCAAUGGUCGAUGUGCUCUGUGACUUGUGGAGGAGGCUACCGAACAAGAUCCCGAACAUGCUCUUUGCCCGGCUUCUGCACUGGUUCGGACACCGAACAGGAGACUUGUAACACGGAGGUCUGCCCAAGACCCACGGCAACCGUUUCCACAUGGGCUCAGUGGACCGAAUGGAACUCGUGUUCGGUGAGCUGUGGACGAGGAUCUCAAGCAAGAUACAGGAAAUGUGUUUCGCCACAAGGGAAUAUUGCCUUCAAUUGUCCAGAGAAGAACAUCGAGGUGAGAAAUUGUGAGGCUGGACCUUGUUCGGGUGUUGGCGUUUGGGCGAUUUGGUCGACUUGGGGAACGUGCUCGACGAGUUGUGGACCGGGCACAAUGAUUCGACAGAGGGAAUGUCAAAGAGAACCCUGUGACGGCUCGGCAACAGAAAGACGAUCAUGCAACCAGGCUCGUUGUCAGAUGAACAGUCCAUCACAAUGGACUGGUUGGUCAGCGUGGUCCUCUUGUAGUCGGCUGUGUGGAAAGGGACUCCGGUCGAGGACCCGGUCGUGCACAGGCGGCUCGGACUGUCCCGGCUCGAGUCGGGAACAGGAAUUUUGCAAUGAACAAGAAUGCGCCGAUCGCGAUGAGGGCGAGUGGUCGCACUGGUCGUCGUGGGGCUCGUGUUCGGUCUCGUGCGGAGCGGGUGUCAAAAGGCGCACGCGUUACUGCAGGACGGGCAAUUGCCCGGGCAGCUACAAGGAAUCGGCAAUUUGCAACGACAAGGAGUGCGACUCGCACAACGCGUCGUGGGGAGGUUGGGGUUAUUGGUCGGCGUGUUCCGAGACAUGCGGUUACGGAGUCCGUAAACGAGUCAGAAAGUGUUACGGCUCCGGGGAUUGUUCGGGAGUACCGUACGAACGACAGAAUUGCAUCGUCCGUGAAUGUCCAUCAUUCCGAAGGAGU